CGGCUAGCCAAAGAUCUAGGUUCAAUCUAUCUAUGCACACUAUGGUGGUAGAAAUGAAAGUAAAACUUCUAAAACUAGUUUAACUUGUUUCAGUUGCAACGAGAGAGGAGAUAUUGUACAACAUGAAAAUCUUCACUGUUCUCCUUUGUUUAAUUCCAUAUGCAGGUGUGCUAGGAUUCCUACAGGUGCAGUGGCUGCGCUGUCGACUGACAGAUGAGUAUGUAUGGACAAAUGCUGAGGGACACAUUGAAAGUAAUAACAGCUACAGAGAUGCCGUGUUGCAGUUUGACAACUCGGGGAACAGCGCUUUGUUGUCUGACUCAAUCACAUUCCUUGUUGCAGCAUCUAAGGUGGAUAUGAGGAAGUUUGUGGAGGGUCCGGUGGAUCGACUGCAGUGUGACAUCCACAGGUACAGCAAAGGGAUGAGCCGUGUGCGCUGGCCAAGCCUGGGAGGAACAGGGCACGACAUUUGGUUCACCUGCACACUGCGGCACACCGCAGGCCUCUUCAACAUCACCUCCUUCCUCAGAGUCACCCCGGCCACGACCUUGUCGACCCACCAGCAAGACUUCUUCAGCUGGUUCACCAUCGGAGUUAAAGAAAAAAUAAGCGCCUCCGCUGUGAUGGUGCUUAUGACCCGCUCUCCUUCCGUGCGGGUGGGCCUGCAGAAAGAGACGACCCUGCAUUGUCAGUUUGCUGUGGACCACAAGGUCCCUCACCUUACAGUCGAGUGGCAUUUUCAGCGGCGCGGAGGGCGCCGGACCAAGCUGUUCAGCUACUCCAGCCGCUCAGAUCAGACAGAGGGCAGCGGGGUGGCAGUGAAGGGCAUUGCCGGGGGGGAUGCCUCCCUGACUGUGCCCAUCACCAAGGUGAGCAGUGAGGGGACGUACGUGUGUUCCGUCCGCGUACCCCCACUCAACGGGAGUGUGGACAUCACGCUGCACAUCAUAGAGCCUCCUGAUGUUUCUUUGACCGCAAAGGAGGAGCAGAUCCCCAGCGUAGUGUGUGAGGCUAAUGGCUUUUACCCCCUGGAUGUGGAGAUUGACCUUUUCAAGGAGACUAGCAGUGGUCAACGGCCUGAGAAGCUGGGGAACAUCUUGCGCUCUAGUCACCUCCAACAUCAUGACGAUACUCACUCUGUGGCAGCCUUCGUCCGGCUGCGGCCCUCCCCUCAGGACUCGGGGUGCGCAAUAUAUUCCUGUAGAGUGUCACACGUCUCCCUGCAAGGUCUGUACAUCCACAAGAGCAUUAUCGGCCCAGGCUGUUGGACUUGGAUUCAUCUGACCUUGCCUGGACUGGUAUGCCUGAUUUUUGUGAUAAUUUUCAUAGCAGUAACAAGACGGCGUUAUUUUUAACAAGACAGUACAAAGACGAUAAAAGAAAGACGAAACAAGAAAGUCUCCACCUCCUUGUCCCCCUUUUGCUGCUCAGUGGGUCAAAUGUUUCUGGUAAGCUUCCUGAGCGGCAUGAUGGCUGAGUGAUCCCAUGGUGUUUAUACUGUUGUACUAUUGUUUGUACAGAUGAAUAUGGUACCUUCAGGCAUUUGGAAAUUGCUCCGAAGGAUGAACCAGACGUGUGAAGGUCUGCAAAAAAAAUUCUGUGGUUUUAUUCUGAGGCUGUUUUCUUUUGAUUUUAUCAUAAUGUCAAGCAAAGAGUGUCGUGGUAAUUUCCUGUAUUACUAAGUGAAAGGAGAGUUUACAAACCACACACAAGUCAGAGUUAUACUUUAAACUUAAUCUUUUAAUAAUAUGAGCUUCACCAUAGCCCUUUGACUCUCAGAUCAAUUCAGUGUCUAUAAAUGAAUUCUGAGAAUGUCAACAUAAUGGCAACUGAGAUCUUUUAUAGCAAAGAUCCACCCCUCUCAACUCAUAAUGACGAACCACAGGUCUUAGGAAAACGGAAGACUUUUACUUGAGAGAGGAGUAUCCCAUAGCCAGUAUCAUGACGUUGGCCUCUUUGGGUACAGCAAGCCCAUCCCCCUCUCCCUGCCUCCCCCUUGCCUCCUAUAACUAGGCUGCUGUGGUCAGAGGUCCUAAAUUCCUGAGAAGACCUCAUGGACACACAGUUACAGAGAGUAGUUUUUCAUGGAGACAAAGGAAAUCCUUACACCUCACAGAAAUUGAGGUACGAACAAAUUUCAUGUUCCGGAGAAAGUGUAAAAGAUCGGUGAAGAAUCCAGCUACGAACUGGUCCGUUUGUCACAACUUGGGAAGCUCAUGGGAGAUGGUGUGGCCACAUUACCAUAACGCUGUUUAUAUAAUAGCCCCAGAUAUAAGGUUUACAUCGAAUUGUUGUAUAAGAUGAAUGAGUGAGUAUGAUACUGUUUACACAAUUUUAAAAUGUGAUUUUGGACUGUUUAAUGAAGGAAAACUCAAAGGGAAUUGGAUUUGAACUUAAUCAGAGGACCGCUCCUGAGCCUAGUUAGGUUCAGACAUCCUGGGACAGACCUUUUUUGCCAUUCCGAAUAAAACCCAACUUUGAGAAAUUAUCCCCAGACCGAGCUUACCUCAAUUAUGAGAUGGCUAAAGGUUGCAGACCAUUGCUGAAUAUUUUAACCAUACCACGUGGUUAAACUCUUAGACUAUCGAUACCGACAGAAUGAGAACAAGUCUUUGAUAUUAAUUACUAGUCUUCAGUUUGGAAUUCGGUAUCAUUGAACGCGAAGAACGACAACCGCCGAAACAUCCAUCUAUAACGAAUUUCGCUUUGAACUAUCCCCUCUAACCAAGACAGAGGGAGAGAGACGGACAAUUCUACAAAAUAAAUACUUUUCACCAGCGAUCAAGACGACACACUGAGCGUAAAUAUAUUGAUUCAUUGCAAUUGUUCCCGAAUGAGUGAGUGUUCAUGUGUAAAGGAUUAGCAUUUCGAUUGUUACAAUUAUUAACUCUGUAGUGACUUCUUAGUCGAACCCCACUUCUCCUUUGUCUAACAAGCCGCCAUGCCGGUUCAGCCUACUAGGGCACAUUUUCCUAUCAUUUCAUGUAACCACAUUUACCAUGUUUGUUUGUUUAUGCAUUUCUGUGAAUUACUUAGUUAGUAAUAAAUAAAUUAUUUAAGACAAUUGAUGUAUGGAU